AGCGACGCAGCUUUUGACGCUCGCUGGUGUGUCAGUGUUAUGAGACCUUGUUUUGUAAGGAGCUGCUGCGGCUCAAUGUUUGUUUUCUGAGCGGCUGGGUUACACAAGCGAGGACACUACGACUUCACCUCUCUUAAGGAGAAAAGACAGCCUGCUAUAGUGAGUUUACACCAGCUGACACACCAUGUUGCCAGCCAGCAGAUACUCAAGUAAAGCCCACAGGUGCAUCAGGGCAUUGAAGACGGUUCAAACAGAGUAUGCUGCCCCUCAGCUGUACACAACACUACACAGACGGGCAUGCUCUUCUGUGGCAACACCACAAAUCACAACACACUACACCAUCCAUUCUCGAGAUAAAGAUCCAAGAUGGGAAGGCGUGGAAAUGGAGAGGUUUGCCGAUGAGGCAGACGUGGUGAUAGUAGGGGGCCCUGCCGGUCUCUCAGCAGCCAUUCGCCUGAAGCAGCUAGCCAACGAACAUGAGAAGGAGCUGCGAGUGUGCCUUGUGGAGAAGGCCUCUCAGAUCGGAGCUCACACCCUGUCAGGUGCCUGUCUGGAGCCGUCUGCCCUCAACGAGCUUCCUGAUUGGAAGGAACGAGGAGCGCCCAUGAACACCCCGGUGACUGAAGAUGUGUUCAGCAUUUUAACAGAGAAACACAGAAUCCCUGUCCCCAUUUUACCAGGUAAAAGCUUUUUUUAUUCUCCGCACUACCUGUUGAUACGGCAGCAUCAGGCUCCUGCCCAUCGUCUGCUCUCGCUUCAGGAUGUUUUCGAGCGGGGGAUGGAGCUCCAUGCUAAGGUCACAUUGUUCGGAGAAGGCUGUCAUGGUCAUUUGGCCAAGCAGCUUUAUAAGCAAUUCAACCUGCGGGAGAACUGUGAGCCUCAGACCUAUGCCAUCGGCCUUAAGGAGGUGUGGACAAUCGAUGAGAAGAAGUGGCGGCCGGGCAGAGUGGAGCAUUCUGUGGGCUGGCCGCUGAACAGAAACACGUACGGAGGCUCCUUCCUGUAUCACCUGAACGAAGGAGAGCCGCUCGUGGCCUUGGGCUUUGUGGUGGGUCUGGACUACAGCAACCCCUACCUGAGCCCCUUCAGGGAGUUCCAGCGCUGGAAACACCACCCCUUCGUCGCUCCCACCCUCGAAGGAGGAAGCAGGAUAGCGUAUGGAGCCCGAGCGCUGAACGAGGGAGGAUUACAGUCUAUCCCAAAGCUGACCUUCCCUGGAGGCCUGCUGAUUGGCUGCAGCCCCGGCUUCAUGAACGUCCCAAAGAUCAAAGGCACCCACACGGCCAUGAAGAGCGGCAUGCUGGCUGCUGAGGCCAUCUUCCCCAAAGUCACAGCAGAGAGCCCGGAGUCGGAGACCACGGGUCUUCAUGUACCCGAGUACUCUGAUAAUUUGAAGAACUCGUGGGUGUGGAAAGAGCUGCACGCGGUGAGGAACAUCAGGCCGUCCUUCCACAACUACUUCGGCCUGUACGGAGGCAUGGUCUACACCGGGGUCUUCUACUGGAUCUUCAGAGGGAAAGAGCCGUGGACCCUCAAACACUGCGGCCUUGACGCCCACCAGCUGAAACCAGCCAAAGAAUGUACACCCAUUGAAUACCCAAAGCCUGACGGCAAGCUCAGCUUCGACCUGCUCUCCUCGGUGGCGCUGAGCGGCACCAACCACGAGGGGGACCAGCCCCCACAUCUGACCCUGAGAGACGACAGCGUGCCUGUCAACAGGAACCUGGCCAUCUACGACGGGCCCGAGCAGCGCUUCUGCCCUGCAGGUGUGUACGAGUACGUUCCCUUGGAAACCGGAGACGGGAUGAGGUUGCAGAUAAAUGCUCAGAACUGUGUCCACUGUAAGACCUGCGACAUAAAGGACCCGAGCCAGAACAUCAACUGGGUUGUGCCUGAAGGCGGCGGUGGGCCCGCCUACAAUGGAAUGUGAACGCCAUGUUUUUUUGUUUGUAACUUUUAUGUCCUGAGAAAUUUAACGUAUUGUAUCUCGCAUUCAGGGCAGAGACCCGAGAAUAACUAGAGAGCUGGUUUUAGAGCUGCGUUUUCAGAUGUAGAAUAAUUUAUACACUCGAACAGGAAGUUAAAUUAAGUGGCCACAAGUUUUGAGACUGUAAAAUACAGGACCAUAAAAAAGGACUGUAAAAGUAGUUUUCAGUAGUUUUUUUUUUCUUCUUCCUUAAAAUCCACACUGAACUUUCAAUCGGCUCAGACGCACCAAAAGGAAAUCGAUUUGUGUUGUUUUUAGAAGCAUUAUACCGACGAGCAAUGGAUCAUAUAUUCCCCUCAAGAACUGUAACUGAACAGGUGAACAGACUUAUUAUUAUGCAGGUUUAUUGCAGGUACAGAGACAGUAUUGUACAUAUCAUUAGAUAAUAACCACAGUAAUUAAUAAAGAACACUUUGACUGUU